UGUUUCCACUUUGUGCAGAUCUUUUACUUGCUUCUUCCUCCCUUCUUCCUCCCUCUCAUUUAACUCUUAAAAGAAGAACCAGGGCAGUGUUCCCAGGAAGGAAGUUAGCACUUUUCCUGCUCAGGGCAUCCACUGAUUCAAAGGUGGACAUUUUCAGGUGUUUAUAAGACCACCUGACCAUUUGGCUGCACUUCAAGAACUGGGAUCAAGAGGUUUGAGUCCAGAGAAAGAAAAUAACCAGUUGGAUCAGUGGGUGAAAGAUGGGAGAAUAAAUAGGGUUGUAACAAAGAGAAGGUCAGCUGUAAAUGGGUCAGGAGACCAAAGUGGACAGAGUAGGCCCUGGAAUGCUUGCUCGGAGGCCUGCCAUGAAGGAUUUCUGCCUGCUUCCCCACCCUACCCGGGGGCCAGCAUGACUCAGCACUUCCUAUUGUUGUGAAGGCCAACCCCAGGAGGCCCUAUCAAGGCUGACUGCUGUUAAAACCAGUCUGCACUCCUUCUUGCUCCUGCUUCAUUCAAGGUCUGUAUAGUAAAAGGUUGUUCUAGAGGGAUGUGUAUAAUUCAUCCCAGUAUUUGAUGUUCAUUUAUUACUUAUUUUUACUUGAGCCAACAGUUAAACUGAUCAGGUUUUGGGCUGAUGCCAGCUGCAUUAUCUGGUAGCACUGUCACAUAAAAUUAGCAUUUUUUGGUGAUUACUAGGUGCCAACAUUCUGUGAAGAACUUUACGAGGUCAUCCCAUUUAAUUCUCAGAAGCCAAUCACAAGGUGGCCAGCAUCGAAAUGUUCAACCUUUUAGUGAUGAAGAUGCAUCAAUUGAAACAAUGAGCCAUUGCAGUGGUUAUAGCGAUCCUUCCAGUUUUGCUGAAGAUGGACCAGAAGUCCUUGAUGAGGAAGGAACUCAAGAAGACCUAGAAUAUAAGUUGAAAGGAUUAAUUGACCUAACCCUGGAUAAGAGUGCAAAGACAAGGCAAGCAGCUCUUGAAGGUAUUAAAAAUGCGCUGUCUUCAAAAAUGCUGUAUGAAUUUAUUCUGGAAAGAAGAAUGACUUUAACUGACAGUAUUGAACGCUGCCUGAAAAAAGGUAAGAGUGAUGAGCAACGUGCAGCCGCAGCAUUAGCAUCUGUUCUCUGUAUUCAACUGGGCCCUGGAAUUGAAAGUGAAGAGAUUUUGAAAACUCUUGGACCAAUCCUAAAGAAAAUCAUUUGCGAUGGGGCAGCUAGUAUCCAGGUUAGGCAAACUUGUGCAACUUGCUUUGGUGUUUGCAGUUUUAUUGCCACAGAUGACAUUACUGAACUGUACUCAACUCUGGAAUGUCUGGAAAAUAUCUUCACUAAGUCCUAUCUCAAAGAGAAAGACACUACUGUUGUUUGCAGCACCCCUAAUACAGUGCUUCAUAUCAGCUCGCUGCUUGCAUGGACACUACUGCUGACCAUAUGCCCAAUCAAUGAAGUGAAGAAAAAGCUUGAGAUGCAUUUCCAUAAGCUUCCAAGCCUCCUCUCUUGUGAUGAUGUAAACAUGAGAAUAGCUGCUGGUGAAUCUUUGGCACUUCUGUUUGAAUUGGCCAGAGGAAUAGAGAGUGACUUUUUUUAUGAAGACAUGGAGUCUUUGACGCAAAUGCUUAGGGCCUUGGCAACAGAUGGAAAUAAGCACCGGGCCAAAGUGGACAAGAGAAAGCAGCGGUCAGUUUUCAGAGAUGUCCUGAGGGCAGUGGAGGAACGGGAUUUUCCAACAGAAACUGUUAAAUUUGGUCCUGAACGCAUGUAUAUUGAUUGCUGGGUAAAAAAACACACCUAUGACACCUUUAAGGAGGUUCUUGGAUCAGGAAUGCAGUACCACCUGCAGUCAAAUGAAUUCCUUCGAAAUGUAUUUGAACUUGGACCCCCAGUGAUGCUUGAUGCUGCAACGCUUAAAACGAUGAAGAUUUCUCGUUUUGAAAGGCAUUUAUAUAACUCUGCAGCCUUCAAAGCUCGAACCAAAGCUAGAAGCAAAUGUCGAGAUAAGAGAGCAGAUGUUGGAGAAUUCUUCUAGAUUUUCAGAACUUGAAGACUAUUUUCUAAUUUCUAUUUUUUUUUUCUAUUUCAAUGUAUUUAAACUCUAAAGACAGUUUUUAUCUUGGAUUAACUUACAUAACUUUUGUAGUAAGGGUUACAUUGCUUAUAAUUUAAUGUACAGUGUUGAAACUGGUGAGUUCUGAUUAUUAUUCUCUGUAAAUCAGUAAACAUGUAUAAAGUAUUUGUAAUGUUUGGUCAUAUUUUAUUUAUGAAGACAGCAAAAAAACUUUGAUUUCAUGAUGGGAAAAACUAUUAGCCAAAGUUUAAUUUCUUACACUGUGGUUGUCAAAAAUACUGAUUUACUAUAAUGAUAUAUACAUUUAAGAUAUUUAACUUACUAUCUUAGACAAGAGUUCUAGGUACAAUUUUGGAAUCUAGUUCCUCUGGAAACGCUGCUGUUUUUUAAAUUUUGAAUGGAAUGUAGCUUUUAAAAUUUUGUCACUAGCAUCAACAAAAGGAAUUAUACCGUGAGACCUUACAGCCGUACUUAAAAGCCACACAGUUGAGCUAUUGGGAGUUCAUGAUGAGUUAGCGUAUGCCAGAAAGGUUGCUAACCUUAACCUCUAAGAGCAGUAACACUGAUUUUAUCUGCUGUAUGAGACUGUGCAUUUUACUUUGAAAUAAAGUUUUUUUUUUUCACAUGGAA